AUGUCGACGUCGCAGCAUCACGACGCUCACGGCCGGCCAUAUCGGCAGGCAUCGCAGGGAUCGUACUCGCACUCUUCCUACGACCGGCAGCGCGACCAGGCCUCUGACCCUUAUCAUACCGACGCUCGGACGGCAUACGGUCCGUAUGAUCCUCGCUACCCCUACGGCCAGCCCGAGCCUUCUCAGGGUCACGCUUGGACCGCCCAACAGUCGCAAGCACCGGGCGCAUCCGUGCCAGCAUACGCCCAGCCGCAGCAGCAGAGCUCAUACGAUCCUGCAGAUCGACUGGACCGCAUGCACAUUUACGACCAAUCAACGCAGUCCGCAAUGCAGCAGCAGCAGCAAUACUAUCCAUCACGCGCCGCUUCGGCGUCCAGCAACCGGAAUCCUGCUCUACCCAGCUAUUCCCACACAGCAGAGCCUAUGAGACAUCAAGGCGCACAUCCAGUCACCUACAGUGCUGUUCCUACGACCAAAUCAUACUACACAGGUCGUAGCGAGCCUUCGGACCGCCCUGUCUCAACAGCAAGUGGCAUCAUCAGCUUGUAUACCGACGACACCGGCACGCCCCUGAUCGAUCAAUCUUCUCAGUUUGCAUCCGAAUCCGCGCCAGUUCCUCCCCUCCAGCAUGCAGUCUCUCAAUACGAAAGCACUGUAUCGGAUCACAACCGCUCAGCACAUCGCCCAUCGCAGCGAGCCAGCCGUCCGCUACCCGUCGCCCCUGCACCCCGCCCUUUGGAGCACACCAGCCUCCCUAGUCCAGGCGCCGCUCAGGAACAGUCCCGAACGCCUACAGGACCCCUCUCCCCCACCUUCCGCCACCGCACCGAUGGUGUCGAUCCGUACGCCUCUCAGCAGGGCUACUUCAACAGCGUCUCCCCGCCCCCGGCCUCCUCCACAGCAUGGUCGCCGCCUGUCACGCCUUCCGCUACCCAGCACAGUACCGCGCCCUCUUCUUCCUCCAACUCCGGUGCUGCGCCCUCAUGGAGCCCGUCUGCCAGCCAAUUUGGCACGCCGAGCAGCUCCUACGGCCAUCGCCCCUUGCCCUCCACCGCCACCUCGCUCGACCGCUCCUUUUCGCCUCCUCCUAGGGACGGUGCAAGCGCUUCGCCCCUCUCGUCCUUCCGCUCGCCAUCGUAUACGCAGGCAAGCGCCCGUAAUGCUCGAUCGCCCGCCCAAGGUCGAAGCGACUACGACCAGCGCUCCGACGCAGGCCGUGGCGCCGUCUCGCGUACACCGUCUGCCAAGCAGGGGCACACCGCCGAUUCCUCCUACGACCCGGACUCGCUCAACGCCGCCAACUCCGAUCGCGAAAGCUUGCGCCAGCGAACCCGCAGCGAAGCCUCCGACCUGUCCGUCCGUCCGAGCAGAUCCUACCGCCAGCCCUUGCCCCCCAUUCCUGGCGCCAACCCAAACGUCCAGGGCGGUGACUACCUGGGGCAUGGUCACCCUGCCACGGGACACGGCAAUCACUCCGCAGCCGGCGAUGUGUACCGUGCUCGCAUGCCUUCGCAGAACUCUCUCCAGCACCAGUCCAGCUUCUCGCAUCUGCCAGCCAGCAUCUCGCGCGCACCCUCCCAGCCCAGAGGCACGGCGAGUCCAGGCGACGAGAAGCGCCAGAUGGCGGACAAGUACAGCCACGAGAGGGUCGAUUCGCUCGCUUGGGAGCCCGUCUACAGCCCUCGGUCCAAGGUCGAGCACGCCCUUUCGCGCGAGGCACCACGCUUCAGCCGUGUGGAAGCGCCCGAGUGGUCACUUCUUUCCACCGUCGCGCUUCUCCUGCGCGCCAACGUGCCUCGCGGCGUCCAAAUCAAAGGCAGCAUAGACUACCCAAACAGCUUCACUGGCAAGGACGUGGUCUCCACGUUGCAAAAAUUGCUCCUUUCGGACACGGUCGGGUCUCGACACGCACUCGUCGUGUCGGGCGACGCCACCAGCGUGCGCCAGGUCGCCCUUUCGCUGGCAAAAUCGCUAAAGAGCCAGCUCUUCUUCCACGAGGUCGAUUGGGGCGAGAAGGAGCUCACAGACGAUGUUGACGAGGUAUACACCUUCCUCGAGGAUAGCCUCGCAGACAUGGGCUCAGCACCAGCCGACCCCGACGAUUGGACAGCCGGUCUGAAUCACAACGCCGCCUUCGACUCGAGUCUCGGCUUUUCUGUCGGUGGCGCCGCCGCCGACCAAGCUCGCAAGCCGGCCAGCACCGAUCUCGAUGAUUUGCCCAACGGUGUCUUUACUCCCCUGACUCGCUGCUACAGCCCGCUCUGUAGUCCGGGUCGCGCGUCGGCCUGCUACAGUCCGUCGUGUUCAAACUCGGCCACAAGCCCCCUGCGUUUGACAGUCACUGACUCGGACAGUAAGGCGGCGAGGCUCGGCGGCGUCUUGGACGGCGGGAUCACCGCAGAUCAGGCUCAGAAGAAGGCAUGGGCCGAGCUUGUUCCUCCGGAGUUGCUCAAAAACAUCCCUCAGGCUGAGAUCGCCCGCCAGAAUGCCAUUCUCGAAACGAUUCAGAAGGAGGAAGAAUUCCUGGCGGAUCUCGAGCUCUUGGAAUCGUUGUUCGUACAGGGCCUCCAGAAGCCCAGCGAUGCCGGUGACCCACCUCCGCUGCCGAUCGGGCCGGAGCGGGACGACUUCAUCCGCGAAGUUUUUGGCAACCAUCGCGAGCUGGCGAUCCACAUUCGAGCUUUGGUAGAGCGACUCCACAUCCGUCAGAGGGAGGAGAACCCAAUCAUUCAGACAAUCGGUGACCUCUUCCUCAGCGCAGCGCUCGACUGGGGCGAUGCUUACACAACUUACCUCAUCAACUAUCCGCUCGCCAUCAGCCGUGUCAAGCGCGAGAUGUCGGUGAAUCCUCGCUUCAAGGCGUUCGUGGAAGCCUGCAGGCGUCAUCCUGCAGCGCACAAGCACCCGCUUGAGAACUUUCUCUUUCGCCCGCCAGCACGUCUGCAGAGGUACCACUUGCAUCUCGAGUCGAUCCUCAAAAAGACAGAGGACGGCAACAACGACCGCGACAGCCUGCAGAACGCCAUCGACAUCAUCAAUGACCAGUGCAAGACCGCCCAGACGGGUGUCGAGUCGGCAGAGCUCAAGGUCAAGAUCCGAGAGUACGCGUACAAUCUGUCGGCGAAGCGCAACAAGCAUGCCAUCGACAUGGAUCUGCUCAACCCGGAACGCCAGCUCAUCCAUCAGGGCCGCGUGCUGCGCAAGCCAGACGCAUUCGACUUCGACUGGACCGAGCUGCUGGCCAUCCUCUUCGACAACUACUUCAUCGUCACCAAGCAGAAGAGGAUCGCUGAAGGUCCCGAUGACGAUCUUUCGAACGUUGCAUCCUCGUCUACGACAGCGGGAGCGCGCUUCGUGCUGGCCAAACGACCCAUCCCGGUGGAGAUGCUCGAGGUCACCGGUCUCACGGAGUCGUCCAUCUCUCGCUCCAUCGGCCUGAGCAACUUCCAUAUCAGCCGAGAGCGCGAAGCCCGCGAUUUUUGGCCCUUCACCAUCUCACAUUUGGGAGGCAAGAUCGAGCCCAUCGCACUGUAUGCGCCGUCGAAAGAUGCGAGGGACCAGUGGAAGGCCAAGCUGGACGAAGCCAUCGGCCUGCGCAUGGCGAUGCAAGACAGCAACCGGGUGUUCGACCAGCAAGUGCUGAGCGACGAAAUCUUUGCCAUCCCUCCUGCGAUUAGCUUGGAGCCAGACAGGCCUGUGCCAGGCGUCGAUCCGAGCGUCUUCCACGGCCGUGUCACGUGUGCGGUGCCUUUCGUGACCGCGGACGGACGACGGCUCGUGGCGGUCGGAUGCGCAGACGGUGUGUGGAUCGGGCUGCGCAAUGACCCCAAGUCGCUGCGCAAGGUGCUGCACCUCAAGUACGUCACGCAGUGUGCCGUGCUCGAGUCGUUUGGCAUCUUUGUGGUGCUGGCGGACAAGGUGCUCAUCUCGUACAGCCUCGAGGCGCUGGUGCCGACGACGUCGAGCAGCAAUUCUUCGCUGCGGCCGCCCCAGAAGCUCAGCGGCAACCGCGACGUGCUCUUCUUCAACGUCGGUGUGCUCAAGGACCGCACGCUGCUCAUUUACAUGAAGAAGAAGGCCAACGAGAGCGUUUUCCGCGCGCUCGAGCCCGUGCUGAAUGCGCCGCGUGGUCCCGAGGGCAAGUCCGGAUCGGGCUUCUUUGGCAAGUUCGGCAAGGACUCGAAGAACUCGGACUGGUUCCGCAUCUACAAGACGUUCUUCAUCCCGUCCGAGGCGUAUUCGAUCCAGUUCCUCAAGUCGAAGCUUUGCAUCAUCUGCGCCAAGGGCUUCGAGAUCAUGAAUCUGGACAGUCUGCUGCCAGGCACGAUCCCGGACUUUGUGCACGCCAACCGCGAGGACUUGCGAGUGCAGCAGCUGCAGAAGCGCGUGGAGACCGCCAAGCCGCUGGGCAUGUACAAGACCAGCGACGGCGACUUUUUGCUCUGCUACGACGCAUUUGCGUGCUACGUAGAUCGACUGGGCGAGCCGACGCGGCUGGAGCAGAUCAUCGAAUGGGAAGGUUUCCCCAAGCAGGUGGCCUUCUCGGGAGACUACGUGCUUGCUUUCGACUCGCGCUUUGUCGAGGUCAGGGACGCUCUGACGGGCCGCCUGGUCCAGAUCAUGCGCGGCAACGACUUGCACUACGUCUCCGGCAACAGCACCGUCACGUCGUCUUCGUCCGAGGCCGCACAGCUGGCCGCGCUCGAUGCCGAUGCGAACCCGGUGAUCUUCACCAAGCGCGAGCGCGUCGCCGGUCGCAUCCCCUUCGACUUCCAGAAGGUCGUAGAGCUUAGCCCGACGGGGCUCCCGGCCAAGUCCAGCGGCUAUGCUCCGCAAUUCCAGCGAUCGGGGACGGUCAUGUCGAACGGAAGCAGCUUAAGCGGCCGCCCGUCGGGACGUCCAUCCGUGGCGAGCUCGAGCAACUGGAUCUGA